AUGUCUACCCCGCCCCCGUCAGAGAGCUCGAGCUCGUCGUCUACCAACUCCCCUUCACCGACUACUCCCAACUCGGAGCUUAAGUCGGAUCCCAGCGAGACGCUCGAAUUCCUUUUGCAGACUAUGGCGGCCCAGGCUCAGGCGCACGCCCAGAACGGCGAAUCCUCUUCGCCCUUCGACUCCAAUGGACAGCCAGACUGGUCUCAACUGUCGUCGUGGGAGAGCACAGGCCAGGAGCAGAAGUUUGAGACGACCUCUGACUUUAACUUCUCAUUCCCCAUGGACCUCGACUUCGACCCUAACAUGGCCGUCGACCCUAGUGCCCUCCACUUCACGACUAUAUUCGAACAGUCGGCCUUCACGCUGCCCCCUAGCGAGUCUUCGUUCCUCCUUUCGAACGAGAUGGUGCACAACAACAUGCUCUUCUCCGGGGAAGACUUCGGCAUGCCGCACUCACAUAUUGAACCCGGUACCGGUCGGAGACUCAGCGUCACUUCUUCCUCUUCUUCCUCCGGUGCCUCGCUCUCCCCCAUCAUGGAGCCCACUCACGCCGUUUCAAGUUCACCACCAGAUGUCAACUUGAACGACCCGGCGUCCGAGCUUGCUCAGCGCGUUCGCCAAAUGGCCGGCGUAACUCUCGCUGUGCCUGUAAGCGCUCAGGUCCAACAGCUCGCGGCUGCAGGAGGACAGGCGAAGCUCCCCAUUCCACGCCUAAAGCAGAGUCCUACGCCCGCACCGGCGCCGAAGCGGACCAUGAAACCGUCACCCCCUCCACCCGAGCAGGCGGCUUCGCCAUCAUCAUCGUCCUCGUCCUCUCCACCGCCGUCCUCCACGCCUGUCUCCGAACACGCCCCGUCACCUGUUACGGAGAUUCCAUCCACUGGUCCCACCCAGACCAUCAUCGGCCGGCCGAAGACUAGCCAUACGACGAUAGAGCGGCGUUACCGGACGAACCUGAAUGCCCGCAUUACCGGUUUGAAGCAGUCCGUCCCUGCCCUCCGGGUCCUCGAGGCCAAAGCGGGUCAGCCCACCCCAUGGAAUGACGUCGUCGACACACGGGGAUUUGUCGAUGGUGUGAAGGUUGCUCGCAAAAUGAGCAAGGCUAACAUCCUGGGUAAAGCCACGGAGUACAUCAGGGUACUCAAGAAGCGCGAAGCACGUUUGAAGCGCGAGCAGGACGGUCUGAAGUCCCUCAUCAAUGGCCUUGUUGGUGGACCUGCCUUGUUGAAGGAGUGGGAGAGGGAGUGGAGAGAACGGUUUGGCGGUGAGGAGAAGGAUGAGAUUGAGGAUGAUGAUGCUGCAGGCGCAAGCGAUGACGACGAGGGUGAUGGAGAUGACAGCGAUGGUGAAGAUGAGGAGGGUCGUACUCGCAAGAAGGCCAAGCUUGCGAAGCCAGCCAAGAAGGAGAAGCCUUACAGGCCCCCACCGCCUCCUCCAGUACCUAGUGUCCCUGGGGCAGUCCCGGAGAAGCGCAAGCGUGGUCGCCCUCGCAAGAUCCCCUUGCCUCCCACACCGGUUUCCACUGAUGUGUCUGCCGCCGUGACGCCCGCCCCGACAGCUGUGCAGCCCAUCUUCCCCGUUGAGCAGGUCAUGCACGACGCGUUCAUGCAGGUCAAGCCCGAGCGGACCAUGCAGCAACCCCCUCAGUCCACAUCACAACAGUAUCUCCUGGCUGUCUUCGCAUUCUUCUCGGUCUUCAACUCUCCGUUGACGUCCUCGCAUCGCUCUCCCGCCGCCUCUUACGAACACACUCACCACGGCGCUGUCCUGACCCCGCACCAACCCACAGCGACUCAUGUCCCAGUCGGUACCUCUGCUCGCUACGGCGUGCACGAGGCUAUCCAAGCUGCUCACCUGCUCGUGUCUACUCUUGUCUUUUUCUACGUCCUCGUCCCUUGGCUAUCCGGCACUAUUCGUCGGACCAACCUCCUUUCCAAGGUCGCUUCAGUCUUCUCCCGGUCGCAUUCCGACACACCUUUUCCCACCACUUUGACCUCGGGUUCUCCCGCUAAGCGUAACGCGCUCGCUCGGUCCGUGCUCGUCGAUGUGCUCUCACCUGAGACUCGCGGCUCUGUGGACGAGCCUGCUCGGUUGCGCUCUGCCCUUGGUAUCUCGACCGGCGUCAUCGGCCUUCUUCAGAGCGUCAUCAAGGCUGCUCGGAGGGAUCGCGGCAUCGAGUUGAACCAGCUCGAACAGCGCGCUUGGGUGCGCUUGGGCGAGCUUAUUGCAUUCGAUGGCUCUGUUGGAAACAUGACGCGCCUCCAGACCUUCUGGUGCAUGUCAUGGCACAUUUCGACAUUCGCAGCGUCCACCACAGACCUCUCCACCCUCGCCCUCAUAAUUCAUCCCGUGUCCAGCUCCAAAGCUACCGAGCUAUGGGAGCGUGCUCGUCAACGCGAGGUUCUCCGCGCACACGAGAAAAUUGUGUUGAACAACAUGAGUGUCGAAGGCGCUGCGGAUUGGCUCUCCAAAUGGCGCAGUUGGCACGAGUUUGAGCGCAAGGGUCGCUGCACGGCUUGCGAGAAGCGCACUCCGCUCGGUAUUCUCGCAGCCAUCCUUAUCCGCGAACGCCUCCGGAAGCACGCUGCAUCGCUCUUCGUGCGCACUGUAGUCCGUGCCGAGGUCGAGGCACGCCGCGCCGGCCCUGCGUACGACAGCGAUGACGAGUGCGACGAGCCUAUGUAUGUUUAUGAUGCAGACAAAGACUACAAGGAGGAACAGGAGCGCAAGGAGACCGUCGAGGCCGGCAAAUCCAUAGGUGGCCGCACCGCGGAGCUCGCCGUGCUCCUUGAGCGCAUCUGGGACACCGGCUUCUCCUCGCAGGAGGAAUCGCUCGUCCCCUUGCCCCGGCACGCACACGCACACGCUCGCAAUCCCGACGUCGACGCGGACUGCGAGGACGACCAGGACCUCGCGAGCCAGGACGAGGCCGAGAUCCGCGCCCUCCUCACCGCAACGCUCAUCUACCGCCGCGUCUUCCCUUCCACGAUCCCGGCGUGCGCGGUGUCCGCUGGCAGGGCGCCCGCUUUCGUCCUCAGCCCGCCUCCGUCGCCGAGUAGACGCAACGCGCAGCUGCACAUGGCGCUUCGCACGGCGUUAGGCUCGCCUGCGUUUGAGAGCGGGGCGGAUGGCCGGCUGGAAGAUCCCGAGCUCGGCGCAGCUCUUGAAGAUGCACGGGAUCGGGUCGUGGAUAUGCUUGUGGAUUUCGAGCGGGCGUGCCGGAGAGGGGGGCGCGCACUUGACUAGACGUUUCUUUGUCCACUUGGUUUGAUGGACUCGGAUUCCUAGGCCUCACCCGUUUGCUGUGACGGGUGGGUCUCAUGUCGGGUAUAUUCUUGUAGACCACAGUAUAUUGCUUUGUGUGCGUAUGCCCCGCCGUCAGUGGCGUCCGUAUGUUGAGUUGUUAGUACUUUAUUCCAAGUUUACUGAGACCUUGUACGUUGUAUAUGAAGAUCGAAUCAAACGCAGACUAUCAGUACUUCGGUGGUUGAGUGCUGUCAACUUCUGGAUGGUUGUGCUGGUGGCCGCCUCCGGCAUGCAAGAGCUACGCCGUGUAGGCGUCGUCCAUCCGCACGCGCUCCAUUCUCAAGACAUCCGGAGACUGGCGGAAGGCGGGUGAUAGUCGUACGGCACCAGAGUUCAGGGCUACAACGAAUUGUUGUUGUGAGCGGAAUCACUGGGCGAGGAACGCCUCGACCUUCUCGUUCACACCCCCCUCCCAAUCGUCCCAGCACACAGACAGCACCGCCGUGUGCCUCCCCGGCCUCCCCGCAAACGCGUCCUCCCGGGUGCACUCCUCGCCCGCCUCCGCCAGAUGCUCCGGGAGGACCCACAGCCACCGCAGCGUGCCCUCGCGCCUGAACCCCAUCCGCUCCGCGAGCCCGAUGGACGGCGCGUUCCCCGGGUGCGCGCACCACUGCACGCGGCGGAACCCGAGCCCGGGGGGCGACGCGCCCGGGAGCGCGAGCAGGUAGCGCAGCACGAGCGCGACCAUCUCCUUCGCGACGUGCGUGUGCUGGAACUCCGGGAACACGACGAGGUAGCCGUGCUCGGUGCUCAGGUUGCCCGGGGCGGUGUUGCAGAGCGCGAGCGCGCCCGCGAGGCUGCCGCCCCACGCGGGGUGCGCGGGGUCGGGCCGGGUGGUGUCGAGGACGGCGAGGAAGGUCUGGAAGGGGUUGCGGCGGCACGCGAGCUCGAGCCAGGCGAGGAACUCGGGGAGCGUGCGCGGGCGGAAGGGGUAGUAGCGGAAGAGCGUGGGGAGGUGGUCUUUGACGGAAGCCCAGUAGGUCGCGGCGUGCUCGCGCGGGACGAAGGGGACGAGC